CCCGCCCCAUGACCGUGACCGUGACUGUGGCCGUGACCGAGGGCUGCACGGGGGCCGCGGCGCGACGGGAGCGAUGGGGGAGGAGGAGGCGGGGGUGCGGCCCGAACUGGUGCGCGAGGCGGAGGUCAGCCUGCUGGAGUGCAAGGUGUGUUUCGAGAGGUUCGGCCACCGGCAGCAGCGGCGCCCGCGCAACCUGCCCUGUGGCCACGUGGUCUGCCUGGCCUGCGUGGCCGCCCUUGCGCACCCGCGAUCGCUGGCCUUCGAAUGUCCCUUCUGCCGGCGGGCCUGCAGAGCCUGUGACACCAGCGACUGUCUUCCGGUGUUGCACCUUUUGGAGCUCCUGGGCUCCACGCUUCGCGCGUCCCCGGCUGCCCUCAAUGCCGCCCCCUGCGCGCCCGGGGUGCUCACCUGUCACCACGCCUUUGGCGGGUGGGGGACCCUGGUGAACCCCACGGGGCUUGCACUGUGUCCCAAGACCGGACGGGUCGUGGUCGUGCACGAUGGUAAGAGGAGGGUUAAGAUCUUUGACUCCGGAGGAGGUGGUGCACACCAGUUUGGAGAGAAGGGGGAUGCAGCGCAUGACGUGAAGUACCCACAGGACGUCGCCGUCACCAACGACUUCCACGUGGUUGUCACCGACGCUGGCGACCGCUCCCUCAAAGUGUUUGAUUUCUUUGGCCAGAUCAAGCUGGUUGUGGGAAAGCAGUUUUCCCUGCCUUGGGGUGUGGAGAUCACCCCUCAGAACCAGGUCCUGAUGACUGACACAGAGGCAGGGACCUUGCACUUGCUGGAAGUGGACUUCCCCGAAGGGGUCCUUCGGAGGACUGAGAGAUUGCAAGCUCAACUCUGCAGUCCCCGUGGUGUGGCUGUGUCUUGGCUCACCGGAGCCAUCGCAGUCCUAGAGCACCCCUGGCCCUUGGGGACAUCAGGCAACAACACACGGGUGAAGGUGUUCAGCGCCACUAUGCAGCUGAUUGGCCAGGUGGAUAGCUUCGGACUGAACCUCCUCUUUCCCUCUAAAAUAACUGCCUCAGCUGUAGUCUUCGAUCCCCAGGGAAAUGUGAUCGUCGCAGAUACCUGCGGACCAGCCAUCAUAUGCUUGGGGAGACCUGAGGCGUUUCCGGCCCUGAAGCCCAUGAUCACGUAUGAUCUGUCUCGUCCUGUGGCACUGGCCUUCACCAAGGAGAAUUCUCUUCUUGUGCUGGAUACGGCUUCCCACUCUGUAAAAGUCUUUAAAGCGCUGGAUGGUGCCAGUGUUUCCUCCUCCACAGGUACUGGGGACAUCCCUGAGUGAUGUUUGAGCAAAGCCUGGAGAGCCACUGCCUGCUGGUGGCAUGGACAGCUGAGACUCUUCUGUUAGUUAGGAGAUGUCGUCCCGGCACAUUCAUGGCAGGAACAUUCAUGGCACGAAUGGUUUCGUUUGCUCUGUGGUCUUCUCUGCCACCUAAAGUGCUUUGUGAUGGGAGUUUUCUCUGUGUGCUUUAAAAUGUGGUUCUGACGCUGUCUGCUCAAUAAACAGUUGCCUCGUCCCUUCA